AUGGACAGCAAGCUUCCAGACUGUCCUUGCUUGGUUUUACAGGGUCACAAGGGCAACCGAGGCGACUCUGUGGAUCAAUGCGCCCUCAUUCAAAACAUCAAAGACAAAUGCCCUUGUUGCUAUGGGCCCCUGGAGUGCCCUGUAUUCCCAACAGAACUUGCCUUUGCCUUGGACACCUCUGAGGGGGUCACUCAGGACACCUUCAGCCGGAUGCGAGACGUGCUCCUGAGAAUUGUGGGAGAUUUGACCAUUGCUGAGAGCAACUGUCCGAGGGGUGCCCGAGUGGCUGUGGUCACCUAUAACAAUGAGGUGACCACAGAGAUUCGGUUUGCUGACUCCAAGAAGAAGUCUGCUCUGUUAGACAGUAUUCAGAAUCUCCAAGUGGCCUUGACAUCUAAGCAGCAGAGCCUGGAGACUGCAAUGUCAUUCGUGGCCAGGAACACAUUUAAACGCGUGAGGAGUGGAUUUCUGAUGAGAAAAGUGGCCGUUUUCUUCAGCAAUAAGCCCACAAGAGCAACCCCCCAGCUCCGGGAGGCUGUGCUCAAGCUUUCAGAUGCAGGGAUCACACCCCUGUUCCUUACAAGCCAGGAGGACCAAGCGCUCACCAAUGCCUUGCAGAUCAAUAACACAGCGGUGGGACACGCCCUGGUUCUACCUGCAAGGGGUGACCUCACAGACUUCCUGAAGAAUGUCCUCACCUGCCAUGUUUGCUUGGACAUUUGCAAUAUUGACCCAUCUUGUGGAUUUGGCAGCUGGAGGCCUUCCUUCAGGGACCGGAGGGCAGCAGGCAGUGAUGUGGACAUAGACCUGGCUUUCAUCUUGGACAGCUCAGAGGCUACCACUCUGUUCCAGUUCAAUGAGAUGAAGAAGUACAUAAGUUAUGUGGUCAGGCAGCUGGACCUGAGUCCAGACCCCAAAGCCUCCCAGCACUUUACCAGAGUGGCUGUCGUGCAGCAGGCAACCUAUGAGUCUGUGGACAAUGCUAGUGUGCCCCCUGUGAAGGUGGAAUUCUCACUGACGGACUAUGGUGCCAAGGAAAAGCUGCUAGACUUCCUGAGCAGGAGGAUGACCCAGCUGCAGGGAACCAUGGCCCUGGGCAAUGCCAUUGAAUACACUAUAGAGAACGUCUUUGAAAGUGCACCAAACCCACGGGACCUCAAAAUUGUGGUGCUGAUGCUGACUGGUGAUAUGCAGAGGCAGCAGCUGGAAGAGGCCCAGAGAGUCAUCCUGCAGGCCAAGUGCAAGGGUUACUUCUUCGUGGUUCUGGGCAUUGGCAGGAAGGUAAAUGUCAAGGAGGUGUACAGCUUUGCCAGUGAGCCCAAUGAUGUCUUCUUCAAACUUGUGGACAAAUCAACGGAGCUCAACGAGGAGCCUCUGAUGCGCUUUGGGAGGCUGCUCCCAUCCUUUGUCAGCAGUGAAAAUGCGUUUUACCUGCCUCCAGAUAUCAGGAAACAGUGUGAUUGGUUCCAAGGGGACCAACCAAUGAAGAAUGGUGUGAAGUUUGGUCACAAACAUGUAAACACUCCAUAUAAUGUUAAUUCAAGUCUUACAUCCAAAGUUGUGACCACAAUGAAGCCAGUGACAACAACCAAACCAACAGCAAUUGUAAAUCUGCCAUCUGCUAAGCCAGCCCCAGCUAGGCCAGCCACUGUUCAGUUAGCCCCUGCUAAACCAGUCCUUGCUCAGCCAGCAGCCCCUGUUAAACCAGCCCCUGCUAAACCAGCAGCUCCUGCUAAAUCAGUCCCUGCUAAAUCAGCAGCUCCUGCUAAACCAGCCCCUGCUCAACCAGCAAUCUCUGCUAAGCCAGUCUCUGCUCAACCAGCAACCCCUGCUAAACAAGCCCCUGCUCAGCCAGCAACCCCUGCUAAACCAGGCCCUGCUCAGCCAGCAACUCCUGCUAAGCCAGCCCCUGCUCAGCCAGUACAUACUCAGCCAGCCCCAGCUCAGCCAGUCCCAGCUCAGCCUUCCCUUGCUAAACCAGCCGCUGUGAAGCCAGUUUCUGCCAACAAGCAUGUGGCAGCCAAGCCUGUGGCGGCGAAUACAGCCACAGUCAGACCUGCGGUAGCAGCAAAGACAGCAGCAGCCAAGCCUGCAGCAGCGAGACCCCUUGCUGCUGCUUCAAGGACAAUUGCUACUAAGCCAGAGACCCCCAGGCCACAGGCCAAACCAGCUGCCACCAAGCCGGCCACUACUAAGCCCAUGGCAAGAGUGUCCCGAGAAGUGCAGGUCUCUGAAGUCACAGAGAACAGUGCCAGACUCCACUGGGAGAGGCUGGAGCCCUCUAGCUCCUAUUUUUAUGACCUCACUGUAACCUCAGCCCACGACCAGUCCUUGGUUCUAAGGCAAAACCUCACUGUCACUGACCGUGUCAUCAGUGGCCUGCUGCCUGGACAGACGUACCACGUGGUGGUGGUCUCCUAUCUGCAGUCUCAGGUCAGAGCCGUCUACCAUGGAAGUUUCAAUACAGAGAAAACUCAGCCUCCAGCUCUUCAGCCAGCACGACCAGCAUCUAGUUCAACCAUCAAUCUCAUGGUGAACACAGAGCCAUUGUUCCUCACUAAAACAGAUAUUUGCAAGCUGCCCAAAGACAGCGGCACCUGUGCUGAAUUUAAGUUACUAUGGUACUACGACCUGAAUGACAAAGGUUGCAAGAGAUUCUGGUAUGGAGGCUGUGGGGGCAAUGAGAACAGAUUCAAGACCCAGGGAGAAUGUGAAAAGAUGUGCAGUCCUGAUUUAUCAGCCUGACCAGAACCUAAGCAUGGCCUUUGGGCGAUACGUACCUCUGGGAGAAGAAGGAGGCGGCCAUUUCCAACUCAUUUUUUAUAGAAGCUCUGGGUAGAUGCCCCAGCACGGUGCCUUUUCAUGCUUUGAUUGACACUCAACCUCGGGAGGAAAGCCUCUGCACGUGACCUGUCAAUAUGGUGCUAAACGUGUCUGUGGACCCCGCUCUCCGGCUCCAGGCAGUUCUACCGUAUACUUGGACCGUUAUGUAACAGCUAGCCACUGCUGGUGUUUAUGUGAACAUUCCUAUAAAUUCAAAUUCCCUCUGGAGUUUCAUUCCAUGCCUGUGCCAGGCAAAUGCAAUGUCUAGGACAUAGAUAGCCUCAAUGUCACAGCUACUCUGUUCAUUUCUGCUUGGUUCAUUCCCCUGUAGUUGCAUGGCUUAGACGGAGAAACAAGAGUCUAACCUUUUUAUGCCCCCAAUUUCCUGGAUUAGACCUUAAGCAAUUUUCUUCUUCUAAAUUCUCUGAAAAAUGAUCUAAUUAGAAGAAAUCUGACCCCUUUCAUCUGUGUGCACUGUUGGGACAAAUGCCUCGAUUAAAGAAUUAAAAGAAAGUUGUAAUAGAGAAUAUUUUUUUGGCAUUCCUCUAAUGUGGGUUGUUUUUUUUAUUGUUGUUGUCUUGGAGUUUGGAGGUGGGAUUUAAUGUUUAAAUUUUAGGAAAUUUAUACAAAGAAACUUUUUAAUAAAGUAUAUUGAAUGUG